AACAAUGCCAUCCCAGCCACCGUCUUCAAAACGGCUGGACCUUCAAGGCAUUAGAGGGUUGGCAAUUCUAUCAGUUCUGGGAUUUCAUUUUUAUCCGAAAUACUUUCCAAAUGGGUAUCUCGGAGUUGAUCAAUUCUUCGUACUUUCUGGACUUCUCAUGUGCAUGUUGCUCACCAAAACCGAGAGCAUGUCGUUAAUAUCAGUGCUCACUCAUUUCUACACUCGACGCUUCAAACGAAUUCUUCCAUUAUAUUUCCUCAUAAUUCUCAUUUCUGUAGUUGCACUCUACACCGUCUUCACAUCAACUGCAAUUGUACAGAAUCAAUCGUCAGCUCUUCGAGCAUUAUUUUUCGUGUCAAAUCGACCAAAAACUGGCGAAGAAGACUAUUUUGAAAAGCUCUCCUUGGCAAUGGACAUCUUUACUCACACAUGGUCAUUAUCAGUUGAAAUUCAAUUUUAUUUCGUUGUCCCGUUCAUUUUUCUGAUUGGAAAUUUGUUUUCCAGCGUGUUUAAAUUUGGAUAUUAUUGUUUAUUAGGCGUAAUAUCUAUUUCCUACUACUUCACAUCUCCCCAAACAACCGCCUUCAAUAGUGUAUUCGCAAGAAUUUGGCAAUUCCUAAUUGGAAUGAUAGUCUAUCUGAUAUAUUUCAAAAAAUCUACAAAGCCAUUAGAUCUUCCGUAUAACCUGUUGGACGCUGAAAAGCCAAAUGAUGACGGAAAAUUGAAGUUAUUGGAAGAAGAUGGAUUUGAUGAAAGUGAGGAAGAGGAGGAAACGGUGGAAACGAAGGUUGUAGCGGAUUCUUCCCAAAAAACCAAGUCAUAUUUGGGUCCAUUUUCAAAAUAUUUCUUCCUUUUUCCAAUGGUCUAUAUUGUAACAUAUCCAAUUGCCAUGUAUUCAUUUUUAUUGCGGCCAAUAUUCACAUUAUUCACAGGAAUUCUGAUGCUUCUCUCGGUUGAUGAUUAUUAUCUGAGUAAUCGAGUUUUGACAUAUAUCGGUGAUAUUUCAUAUUCACUUUAUUUGAUUCAUUGGCCUAUUUAUGCAUACUGCAAGCUCACUUAUCCGAAUAAUAUUUAUGUGUUAACUGCGGGUUUGUUGGUCUCGAUUAUAAUAGCUGUAGCGGUGUAUGAAACAUAUGAAAAGUGGUACUUGAAACUUUCAAAUCUCUCCAUUGCCAUUCUCAUUAUGUUGUUACUAGUUGUCAAUUUAAUUUUGAUCAAUAAGGAUGUUAUCCAUGAGAAAAUUAACUCUUCGACUACUAACAACUUUGCCAGAAUUGAUGGCAUUUUGCCAAAUAUGACGAUUGAUGAUGCUGACAGAAUGAAUGCGUAUUGGCAGCGUACUGAUUUAGGUGGACUCGAUGAGCCAGGGUGUGUAUCAAGAACACCUGGAAAAGUAUGGUGUGAUUAUGAGGAAAAAGGAAAAGAUUUCAAAAUUGCCAUAUUUGGAAACAGUCUCACAUUGAAUCAUCGUAAAAUGUUCUUACAAGAAUGCCGGCAUCGGGCCUACAAUGUUACAAUGUAUUCAGAAUAUGGAUGUGAACCAUUAGCUGCUCUAUCCAACGAAGCUCAUUGUAAACGUCAUUUAAUUGAUUUUGUUGACUUUUUGAAAGGUACCAAGCCAGACUAUGCAUUCCUUUUUACCAGAUUCUUUGCCACCGGAGUACCAUUUGAGAAAAACGAUACCAACUUGGAAAAGGAUUCGACGUAUAAGGAGAUGAGAAAUCAAAUGAAUCAAUUCAUUCCAAAUAUCAAAAAGAAGCUUUUCGUUUUGGAUGCUUUUCCAAGGACAAAUAAUCAAUACACGUUGCAAUUGGCAAAAGAUUUGAAAAAUGGAAUUGAUAUUAAUGAAAUUCAUAAAAAAAUUGUCCAGCCCGACACUUAUAAGCUGGCGCGACUACGAACAGAAGCAAUUGUGAAGGAAUGUGGAUCGAAAUGCGAGAUGAUUGAUUACGAACCGUUGCUUUUCAACAAAACAUCAAAUCGCUUCGAAUUUUUUGACAAUCGAGGAUUUCUCUAUUUCACAGGAGUCAACCAUCUGUCAGCACACGGGAUGGAAUUAGUUAGACCGAUCUACACAAAAAUCUGUAAAGAUUUGACAUAAUUAUUUCGUUAAUUAACUUAUUGUUACUGUAGGUUUAAUUCAAUUACUGGUAUUUAUUAUUAAUGGAUGUGUCAAGUGAAAUGGUUUACUUCAAAUAAUAAUAAUAAUCGUCCCGUAUUGAACAA